AUUUAAACUCUGUUCUUUUGUUUCAGUACCAUAUAAUUCAAUCAUGGCAGCAAAAGAUGAUGUGGAAGGGGUUGACAAGACAAUUCAAGGGUCAUGUGAGAGUUUCCACAUUGGCCAUCACUUUCAAACCAGUGCAAAGGAUACUCCCGAAGUCGAAGAGGUUGAACAUGUUGAGAAAAUCACUUGGUUUGUGUUAGCACUAACUUCGUGCGUGUGCCUCAGUGGUUUCUUGUUUGGUUUUGACACUGGCGUCAUUUCUGGAGCUCUGCAACCUAUUCGCGAUGAAUUUCAGUUGAAUGAUGUACUUUCAGAACUCAUUGUCGGUGCAACCACAUUGGGUGCCAUUAUUGGUGGGUUGUUCGCUGGCUUUUGCUCAGAUCGAGUUGGAAGAAAGCCUAUCACAUUGCUCUCCUCUGUUGUAUUUGUUGUUGGAGCCAUUGUCAUUGCUGCCGCACCCAACUUUGGAGUUUUGAUUUUUGGAAGAUUGGUCGUAGGAUUUGGAGUCGGUCUUGCUUCGAUGAUUGUUCCAGUCUAUUUGAGUGAAGUAGCUCCUCGUACGCUUCGUGGUAGACUGACAACAAUUAAUGUUCUAAUGAUCACGUUCGGUCAAUUGGUCUCGUAUCUCAUUAAUAUUGCUUUUGCCAAGACGAAUGAAGGAUGGCGCUAUAUGUUUGGAAUUGCUGCUGUUCCAGCUUUGAUUCAACUGUGCAUCUUACCGUUUUUGCCAGAGAGCCCACGUCAACUGGUUGUGAAAGGAAGGACCGAGCAAGCUACCGCUGCUCUUACCAAGAUCUAUGGAAAGAGCGUACCAGAAUUCUUCGUUCAAUCCGAGCUUUCGCAAAUCGAACAAAGUAUUGAGAUCUCCAAAGCCGGCACUUACAGAGAGUUGUUUAAACCAUACAACCGUAAACCUCUCAUCAUCUCAUGUGCUCUACAAGCUGCACAGCAGCUAUCCGGAUUCAAUUGUGCUAUGUACUAUGCCGCUACGAUCUUACAUAUGGCUGGUUUCCGAGAUAAUUCGUCUUCGACAUACUUCUCUAUUGUGGUGUCAGCUACAAAUUUCUUAUUUACAUUCAUCGCUUUGACUAUCAUUGACAAGGUCGGUCGUCGCCGAAUCCUUAUUUACAGCAUGGUGGCGAUGAUCAUCGGCCUGUGGGCAUUAGGAGGAGCCUUUGCUGGACAGCAAGGCUUUAUGACACUUCAGGAUAAUUGCAAUUAUGGAACCAAUUGCGCACGCUGUGUACAGGACUCUUCCUGUUCAUGGUCAAUAUCACAAGGCAUGUGUGCUAUUACCUCCGGUCUUGAUCCUGCCGAUAUCUUCCAAUCCAGCACUGGUUGUCCUCCUCAAGCUCAUGAUCAAGCUCUGACUGGCAUCUUAUUUGCAUCCCUCGUCGUCUAUGUGGCCGGUUAUGCUUUAGGUCUUGGCAACGUACCAUGGCUUAUGCAAAGCGAACUGUUUCCUCUCUCUGUUCGUGGAAAAGCUAACGGUAUCGCAACUGCUGUCAAUUGGGCUUGCAACUUGAUCAUUUCAACAUCCUUUUUAAGUAUGACCAAUGGCGUUUCCGCGGCAGGUACUUUCUGGUUCUAUGGUGGACUUUCCAUCUUGUUCUGGAUAUUUGCCCUCUUUGAAGUGCCAGAAACUGCGAAUAGAUCUUUGGAAGAAGUUCGUCGCCUAUUCACCAAAGAAUAAAUCCCCAACCACCAUGGCAUGGAGCCGCCUCAACCGAUGUAGAACUCUAUCUCACCUUUCUUUUGCCUAUUGUCAUUAAUACAGUAAUACCUUUUUAGCUUAUUGAAUCUUCUUUUAAACAGAAAUAAUAAAAGGAUCCUCUGGAACCGAUUAAUACCAUCAUCAAGAUAAUA